GCCCCACACAGCUUGGCGCCUCUUUUUCUCAUCACUUCUUCUGCAAAGUCCGAAUUUUUCUGCGAGAUGAACAGAAGCGAGCCUCUCUCCACUCUCCAAUCCUGCCCACCUGUCGUCAAGCUUGCAGUAGGAGGAGAAAAUUCCGAACCAUGGCAUCGGCUGCUGCGCGGUCCAUCUGCCUGUUCCGCGAUGAGAGCACUGGUGCUGCGUCUAUUGCGGUUACCAUUUUGGCUGAUAGAAGUUCUCAUAUGAAGUUGCUGUGUCAUCAUGGCAAAGCUCGGGCGACUGUGUGGACAGGCAUAAAAACAACGAGGCGCUUGGAAAUGAAAUGCUGUCAAGAGAGCCAUUGUCGUUCCGAAUCAAGUUGUUCUGGUUUGCCAUUGCCGAGGAAAGAGGAAGUUUCUUCAUUGUGUGGAAGUCGUUCGAGAGUGCCUAAGGUAACUGAGAGUGCACGGGAGAUAUUUCAAUUAGCGAGAGAAUGGAGUCAGCGACACGUCACCAAACUAGCUGCUUUAGCUGCAUGCGCAUUCUUGAUAAUUCCCUCUGCUGAUGCAGUUGAUGCUCUCAAAACCUGCGCUUGCUUGCUAAAAGAGUGCAGGAUAGAACUGGCCAAGUGCAUCGCAAAUCCAUCAUGUGCUGCGAAUGUUGCUUGUCUCCAGACGUGCAACAAUCGGCCUGACGAGACUGAAUGCCAGAUCAAGUGUGGGGAUCUCUUUGAAAAUAGUGUUGUGGAUGAAUUCAAUGAAUGUGCAGUUUCGCGGAAGAAGUGUGUACCUCGGAAAUCUGAUGUUGGAGAAUUUCCUGUCCCUGAUCCUGCAGUUCUCGUUAAGAGCUUCAACAUAGCAGAUUUCAGUGGGAAGUGGUUCAUUUCUAGUGGCUUAAAUCCCACUUUUGACACUUUCGAUUGCCAAUUGCAUGAAUUUCAUACGGAAUCAAACAAGCUUGUGGGCAAUCUGUCGUGGAGGAUACGUACUCCAGAUAGUGCAUUCUUCACCCGAACAGCCGUACAGAGAUUCGUACAGGACCCUGAACAGCCCGGGAUAUUAUACAAUCACGAUAAUGAAUAUCUCCAUUAUCAAGAUGACUGGUAUAUAUUGUCAUCCAAGACAGAAAACAAGCCAGAUGAUUACAUAUUCGUAUACUAUCGGGGCUGGAAUGAUGCAUGGGAUGGGUACGGAGGAGCUGUAUUAUACACGAGAAGUGCGGUUUUGCCAGAUAGUAUCGUACCAGAAAUCGAAAGAGCUGCGAAGAGCGUAGGAAGAGACUUUAAAGACUUCAUCCGAACCGAUAAUACUUGCGGGCCCGAGCCUCCUCUUGUGGAGAGAAUAGAGAAGACGGUGGAGGAAGGCGAGAAGACUAUCGUGAGGGAGGUCGAGCAGAUUGAAGAUGAGGUACAAAAAGUGGGAAAGACCGAGAUGACUUUGUUCCAGAAGUUGGCUGACUGGUUUAAAGAGCUCAGACAAGAUGAGGAGAACUUCUUGAGAGGCCUCAGUCAAGAGGAAAUGGAGUUAUUGAAUGAGCUGAAAAUGGAAGCGACUGAAGUUGAGAAGCUCUUUGGACGAGCAUUGCCGAUCCGGAAGCUAAGGUAGGCCUAGGAAAUGUGACAGGAGAUCAUUGUCACUCUGAUUCCAUUUGUGAUGUACAGCUGUUCAAAUGAAGUCUUUGGCGAUUUCAACUUCAUUUCCUCUUUUCUCUGUUUAUUCUUACAUGCGAGACUUGUGCUCCAAUGGGCUGAACAUGGACUAGGUUCGACUGGUCACGUUGGCGAGCUGUCUUUUUUAUUUCUGUAGAUGAUUCAUUUAAAUCCUUACGAGAAAUGGUUUGAGUUGAUACAUAGAAUCUACGUUAUAUUGUC